UGUAGUUCCAGCUCUGCAGAGUCCAGCUGCUCCAGGCUCAGGAUGGAUUCACAAUAUCUCGUCUUCUGGCUCAAAGUUUCUCUUUGUGUGUGGCUCAGUGACGCUGCGCCAGAAAACUUUGUGGUGUCUGUGGAUUCCAACGUGUCGGUCCACACCAUGCAGACUGCAGUUUUACCAUGCUGGCUCAGUCCACAACAGAGCGCUGAAGACAUGGAGGUCAACUGGUUUCAUCGUGACAAAUUUGACGCUCCCAUUAUGCAGUACAAGGACAAGGCUAGUGUCCCUCUGCCAACUUACAGUGGCAGAGUUUCAUUUGGCCAGAAGCAUGCCUCCUCAACAGGUUUGAAGGAAGGAGACGUGACCCUUAAACUGGAAAAAGUCACAGUUGGGGAUGAAGGAAAAUACACGUGUUAUGUUAGCAGUGACAAGCAUCACGACAGGGCAAGUGUCAACCUCAUUGUGAAACAACUUGGAGCGUCACCUUUGCUGACACCAGUCGUGAAGGAAAACAACCAAAUCAAUGUGAGCUGUGAGUCGGACGGCUGGUACCCCGAGCCUCAGCUGCAGUGGUCCAGUGGUAAUACGCCGCUCACCCCUGAAGCUCCGGUCUACAGAAAAGCCUCGUCUGGCCUCUUUUCGGUCCACAGUUGGAUGAUUGUGCCCAGCUCCUCUGCACUGUCGUGUUCUGUGGGUUUACCUGGAGAAAAACUCAUGCAGGGAAAAAUUGACUUGAAUAACAUCAUUCCUCCAAAAAAAGAAGAUUCAGGGUCUUCAGGUGCAGGAUGGAUCCUAUUUGCAGUUACAUUAAUCGCACUUAUUGCCACACUGGGAUAUUUUUUGUUCAAGAAAUAUAGAGGUUCAGUUUCUAAACCUGCCAGUGCUGAAGAUCCAGGCGAAUCUCAGAAACUUCUUUCCACAGUUGUGAUAUCAGAUCUGGACGCAGCUAAAACACAUUAUGAGAACAUUGAGAUUGAAAAGAGUGAUAAUACAUUUAUUACAAUAAAAGGUAAUCUACUGAGAGAUCCUCGCGAUGUUGAAUUUCCUGACGGAGACAGAGUCACCUGUAUCACAGCUGUCACAGGAACACCUGGAUUCACUUCUGGGAAGCACUACUGGGAAGUCUCUCUGGACAUAACUGGAAAUACAGAAAUUCCCCCCAAAACGUCCUGGUGGAUUGGUGUAACAAGUCACUCACAGAUCCCCAAAGACCGUGAUCUUUCUCCAACAUUUGGUAAUGGUUUUUGGUUCCUUUCCUCUUCUCAUGAUAAAGCUGGAGUCUUAAAAUUCGGUUCAAAUCCUGAGAUUUUAAUCCCGAUUCAAGUCCAACCAAAAAGGGUUGGUGUGUUUUUAGAUUAUGACGGUGAAAAACUUGCAUUCUACAAUGUGCAAAAUAAAAGUCUCAUUGGCUGUUUCUGCACCAAAUUUUCAGGGGAGGUGUUUCCUCUUUUCAAUCCAGGUAAAGGGGACAAAGCGCCAAUGAAGAUUAAACAUAAAGUUGACAAAGGCUCUGAAAAUGAGACUAAUAAUGUUACAUAAAUCCAAUCAGAAUCCACCUGAAAAUCCCUCAGCAGGUUAAAAUGUACAGUUUUGGUGUCAUUGUCUAAUCUAAUGAUCAAAAGUGUUAAAUCCAGUGGCUCUUUUUUUAUUAUGAUACGAUAAAUAAAAUGUUGUCUAGCUGCAUGUAUACUUUAGUUUUAAUGUUUAGGAUUAGGACAUACCUGGAAUGAGGGAUUACACAGGUUAGGAUUAUCUUCACAGAUUUUUUUAUAUAAAAAGUAAAACCAUGAAAGCCACUUAUUUUACUUUUAUUAUUUUAUGUGCGGUAGUCGAAAACGUGUUGCCGCAAAGACAGAUCUCUCUCUUUUAUACAGUCCAAUCAGAUCAGUUUAUUCCAGUGACAUGUGAAAUGAAGGAGCUCAUUGGUCGUCUAUGAUUUACAAAUAAAAUCAAAUUGAUCUCACCUCAGAUUAACAGAGUUUAGGCUUCGGUCAUUGAUUCUGCAGAAAUCCACCACGUUUUUCAGCCCCAUGAUAAUUUUUCUUUAUUUUUUCCGAUAUGGACGGUCCAGUCCCAUAGAUGAACACUGUUGUGUCCUUGGGCAAGACACUUAACCCACCUCGCCCCUAGUGUCUGUGUGCACUGGUGUAUGAAUGUGUGAGUGAUUCCUUAAAUGCAUUCAAGAUGGAAAAGCGCGAUAUAAAAUUCUGACCAUUUACCAUGCAUGUCUCUGAUUGGCUAAUCCACCUGUCAAUCACGCCCAUUUGAAAACGAGGGGAUUCACCAGUGACCAGACUCACAUGUUCAUAAAGUAUGAAACAAGUGUGUGUGCUGGAUCACAGGGAAUAAAACCUGUGCACUCUACAAAAUACUUACCGUAAAUUUGGGACUAUAGAGCGCACCUGAAUAUAAGCCACAGGUUUUCAUAUUGUAACGCGAGAUAUUUACGCAGAAAGAUGAUGCACAGACACGCUUUUUUUUAAACUGUGCCUGAAAAUGGACACCAACACGACAUCAACACGGGAUGAACACACCUGCAGGUUUAGGGAAUAAAGCUGCACCAACACGGGGCCUCUGCUUUUAUUUCCUUUUGUCGUCUUUUUACGUUGACCGAGUUGGAUUCAUUGAUGCCGAGCUCAUGUGCAGUGGCUCCAUUUCCUUCUUUAAUGGUCAAACUUACGUGCAGUGGCUCCAUUUCCUUCUUUAUCUUAAAAACUGCAUCGUGUCCAUUUCUUCGUGUGUUUUCCAUGAAGCACAAAAUGACAGCUCAAAAUCAAAACUAGUGAAUUCUUCAGAGCAUAAUCUUUCCCCACGUCUGUCUCACUUUUACGUUUACAGCUAGAGAGCGCCCCCCGGUGGCCGUUAUCCAGUAAAAUUCUAUAAAUACUGCACUGUUGUAUCGGCCGCAGGGUUCAAAGCGUGGGAGAAAAAGUCGCGGCUUAUAGUCCAAAAUUUACGGUAUACUAACGAUAAGAGUUUGCAGUUGGUCGACUAAUCGUUUUAUUUAGAUAUAAUAAGUAUUUCUAUGGGGCAACAGGAGAAAAGAAAAAAAAGUGAGUGAGUGAGCUUGAAGAUUUGAUUUUUUAAAUAUAUUUAUGUGUAAAAAGUCAGAUUAAACUCAUGAUUUAAUGGUUUAAUCUGUUUUUUAUGUAAGUGCAUUGCUUCCUCGUGCUGUUUUCUGUAUAAAAAGCUGUUUUUGCUUGACUCUGGUGCUGUUGUGUCUUGUGCUGUCAGUGCAGUUUGGGUCAGAUACAUAAACACUUUUGCCCCGCCCCCUCGUUUAGCGAAUAAUCGAUCAGCAGGACAAGUUUUCUGAAGUCGACUACAGCCGUACUUUAAGGUGCACUGUGGAACAUUUGUCCACAUGGAAAUGCUACAGCUUUGUCUAGAACGUUCCGCAGUAUAAACGAAAUCCGUCCAUCCCACGGGAGACAAGCACGACGCUACGUUACAGUUCAGAUCUGUGGAGCGUCGCCCGUAUUCACAGAAGGAACCGAUGUAUUUUUAAGCAGCACAAACGCCCAUAAUAAACCAAUUCCAGAUGGAUAUGUUUAAUGUCAUACCGUGAAACAUUCCAGGCAAAGCAAUAACAUCUCCAUGGAGACAAGUAGGUCGUGAAUCUCCAGAAAAGUUACGCAGUGCACCUUAAAUAGUCCAGUCUGAAUGAAGUCUUGGAUCGAUAAAUGCUCAUAAUUCUCUCAAUUAUGGAGCCUACAAAAAGAUCAAUGUCUUCUCUGUCAGCAGAAUUGUACAUAUAUCUAUAUUUUUUAUUUCAUUUGAAGGAUUGUAAGACGUAAGUUUAAUGUGACAAAUUUGUGCUGCCUCUUCUUAACACAUAUAAGGUUAAACACCGGCUGAUCAUGAUGUUUUGAACGUGUCUCUUAGUGUCAGAGAUGUAAGAAGAAAAAGGGUCACAGACAGUUAUUUUGAAUGUAUCCUGUAAAAAAGUUUUAUUUUUUGUAUGUACUUUCAUUUUGUGUGAUGAACUAACAAUGUAAUUAAGUGUGUCAUGAUUAUUAUUAUAUCGACGGUUUGUUCAAUAUGUGAUUAGAUGGAAUAGUAAUGUUUGGGAGUCAGUUUAUCGUGGACUCGUUUAGUUUGUUCUGCAGUUGUUAUUUUUCUGUUGUAUGAGAUUUGAGCUGUAGAUGUUUGAAAAUAUAACUUGGUUGAAUCAUUAUCGGUACAAACCAACUGUUUUUACUUUGUUUA